CAAACUUGGAAUCAACUAGAAGGCUGAGAUCAUGUCCCACUCAAAGCAUCACAGUCCAUCGUCGAGCUCACGUAAAAUAGUCUUCUUCCACCCAGAUCUUGGUAUUGGCGGGGCCGAACGCCUCAUUGUUGACGCCGCAGUCGGCUUACAGGAGCAAGGCAAUAAGGUGACAAUCUUCACGUCGCACUGCGACCCCAAGCAUUGUUUCGAAGAAGCCAGAGAUGGCACCCUUGAUGUCCGAGUUCGUGGCAACACCCUGUUUCCCUCCACUGUCCUGAACCGCUUUCACAUUCUGCUCGCGAUCCUCCGUCAACUUCACCUUGUGUUUGCCAUCUCAGUCUUCAGCAAUGAGCUGGACAAACUGCAGCCAGACGUCUUUGUGGUCGACCAACUUUCCGCCUGCGUGCCUCUUCUGAGAUGGCUGUACCCUGCACGUCAACGAACCCUUUUCUACUGCCACUUUCCUGAUCAGCUACUUGCGGAUCGCCGUACCCCUGGCCUACUUGGAAUAGUAAAGACAUUAUACCGGCUGCCGUUUGAUUGGUUCGAGGGUUGGAGUAUGAGUGCGAGUGACAAAAUUGUCGUAAACUCGGCUUUCACGAAGUCGGUCGCUGCUAGGACGUGGCCGAAUCUAGCAGAAUCCUUGGGAGUCAUAUACCCAUGUGUCAAAGUCGUGGAGAAAGAGACUGACACGGUGGAGGAACAAAAGCCGCUUUGGGAUGGCAAGCUCAAGAUUCUCCUGAGUAUAAACCGGUUCGAGCGAAAGAAGGACAUAGGCUUGGCCAUUCGAGCAUAUCAAAAGCUCUCACCGGGGGAACUUCGAGGGACACGUUUGGUGUUAGCUGGUGGUUACGACCAGAGAGUCCCCGAAAAUGUUCACUACCACAAAGAACUAGUCGAACUGGCCGAAAGCCUUGGAUUGUCGACAGCAACAGCGAAGACAGUGCCUACAGCGCUUGCUAUACCCACCAGCAUACAGGUUUUGUUCCUGUUAUCCGUGCCCGGAACAUUCAAGGAAACAUUACUAAAUAGUGCACGCCUGCUAUUGUACACGCCAUCAAAUGAGCAUUUUGGUAUUGUACCCGUGGAAGCUAUGCUGCACGGCCUACCGGUGCUAGCAUCAAAUACAGGAGGCCCCUUGGAAACUGUUGUAGAAGGAAAGACUGGCUGGCUCCGCGAUGUGGCCAGUGUUGAUGAAUGGACUGAAGUGAUGAAAAUGGUCUUGAACAAAAUGAGUCCAGCAGAUCUUCAGCAGAUGGGCCAGAACGGUAGGGAAAGAGUCCACGAGCAGUUUUCAAGAGACACAAUGGCCGGCAAGCUUAGCAACGAGAUGGAGCAGAUGAUCAAGAGCAAAAGGAGCAAGUUUUUGGAACGAAAAGAUAUCGUGCUCAGUCUUUGGCUUGUCAUUGCUUUCUUGGCUGCACUGGUGGCGACCGUGAUCAAAGCCAAGUAUGGCCGUGGGGACCGACGGGUAACCGAGUUUGCACGGGCCAGAAGAAUACACACAGGGUCUGAUGAGGAUAUGAAGUUCGUUCCUACAGCCUUUCAAUGAUAGAGACAUACAGGACAAAGCUCAAACUUGAC